AUGCAGGCCGUUCAGCCCGUGUCCGACACGGCAUCUUUGGCAGCGACCUCGACAUAUGCCAGAUCUCACCGAACCACUGACGACCAUGACGCGAUGUCGCUCACAACGUCGAACCCGUUUGAGGAAGAGCAAGAUUACACAUCCUACCAGAUCGUGUCGAGGCUGAUGAACAAGGUCAAGGAAGCCUUCGUGCCCUCCCUUGGAACUGCUAGCCCUGCGCCUCCAUCAACACCGGCGCUACCUUCUAUUCCGUCGGGCAGUUCGACAAUGACUAAUCUGGCGGAUCCUCGACAAGUGCGUUCACCAUCAGCACGACCGGCGCCUAUCAUGCCGAACCCCGCCCCGCCUAACCCUCCCCGGGUUACAAGUCCACCCCUUUCUCACCCUUCUCGAGCAAAGUCACCUACAGCCAGCAUGCGAGCCUUUCCAAUUAUACAGGCGAAUCCGUUGCCCCCACUUGUAUCCCUUACCCCUGUAACCUCCUCUGUCGAGACGUCGAACGUGCUCGCAACCGCUGGUCCAGCGCGAAUUCAUACUCAUGGGCAUUCCCACCAUCAUCUGCCACAAGCGAUGGCCUCGCCGCCUUCAACAACCUCCCUCUAUCCUUACCCUGUGGAGGCGAACAUGACGUCUAUUCCAGGGUUUCCUUUACCAGACGAUGCGAGGACCGUUGCAAGUGUUGGCACCAACGGAGGUGGGUUGAGGAGGACGGAAAGCGUGAGCAAAGCCAUCCGGCGGAUCAGAGGCGAAGGGUUGAGCAAGAAGUAUUGGAUGGAGGACGAGCAUUGCAAGGAGUGUUAUGACUGCAAGAGCGUGUUCACCACAUGGAGGAGGAAACAUCAUUGUCGUAUAUGCGGUCAAAUCUUCUGUUCUCGCUGCGCUUCCAAUCUUAUCAAAGCAUCACGAUUCAACGCCGAGGGUUCUGUUCGUGUAUGCAACCUAUGUAUGCGCAUGAUCGAAGAGGAAAAUGCACAUUCGGACGAUGACGAUCGUCGAUCUAUAUCCUCUCUCACGCCAUCUCUCCCAACAUUUCACAACCACUCUGUUCUCGAUGUCCCGUAUUUGACGUCUAUUGCGGAACGUGAUGGACGCGGUCGUAAACUAUCGGAUGGCAGCCGACAACCCAUUACCCCGCCAGACGUUGUAGAUCCCGCGACGAACGAGAUCGGACUGAUUGGUGGAAUGAAUGGUGACGGUUAUUAUGCUGGUUGGGAGGGCUGGGAACCGGACGGUGAGCCUGUGGCUCCACCCUUCCGACGUGGCUUCGAUGAUGCAGAUGAUUACAAAAAUCCGGAACUAGAGAAGUACAUAUCGGGGGUCACAUCUCCAUCGCCUCGGCCCGACCAACCCGAUACUUCGCCAGACUUGUCCCACGUGCCCAGUGGGGUCGAUAUAUCAACACCACCCCAGUCUGAAGGAUCCGAAACUAUUCCUGUACCGGAUUUCACGAACUUGAACACUAUGACUGGCAGAUCGAGCGUAGCGUUCCCGACUAUUGGAAGUGCAGAAGGUGUGGCUUUCCCCGGCAGCCCUCCAUGGAGUGGCGGUGACAGUCCUCGCAUGGGCGGCAUGGGGCGAAUGGCAACCUUGUCUACCGCGUCGCUUGUUGAUCCCGAAAUGAUGAAUUGGCCUCGGAGUGGCAUGCGCAGUCGGGUCCAGAGCAGACUUCCGGACUUCGAGGCAGGUUGGCGAACCCGACGAGAAUCGAGUGCUUACGCCGCCGAGCUGAACGCGGUCUCCAUGCAGCAUUUACGCAUCAUUUUACGACAGGAAUUGAGGCGUGGCAACAUAAACGACGUUGGUGAAUGGGAGAGUACCCUCGUCAUCUUAGGACUCAAAUUAUCCACAACCCCGUUUGGAAAUCCUCGAGUUGGUGAUUCUAUCGAUCCUCGCGACUGGGUGAAGAUCAAACGGAUCCCUGGCGGUGCUCCAAAAGACUCGGAAUGCAUCGACGGUGUCAUGAUCACCAAGAAUGUUGCUCACAAGAAUAUGUCGCGAUCAAUGAAAGGACCUAGGGUCAUGCUUGUUACCUUUCCCUUCGAAUACCAACGUGUCGAGGGCCAGUUCAUGCCGCUCGAGCCUCUGUUGGCACAAGAACGCGAAUACCUGGCCAACCUUGUCAGCCGUGUUGCAGCACUCCGACCGCAUAUCGUUUUGGUGGAGCGUUCUGUCUCGCGUAUUGCGCUUGAAAUGCUGCUGGCAAGGAACAUUGCCGUUGGAAGGACCGUCAAGCCGUCUGCGAUCGCCGCAGUUGCUCGUGCAACACAGGCCGAUAUUAUCUCUUCUAUCGAUCGCUUGGCCCUCGAGCCCCGUCUGGGACACGCUGGUCGCUUCCGUGUCCAAACUUUUGAACAUGAGCUGAUACCAGGACGACGAAAGUCAUACAUGCGAUUCGAAGGGUGCCAUCGCGAGUAUGGCGUUACUCUUGCCGUCCGCGGCGGGUCUCUAGACGUCUUAACCAAGAUUAAAGCAAUCGCCAAACUCAUGGUCCUCACGGUCCGCAAUUUGAAAAUGGAGACGUUUUUGUGGAGAGACCUAUUGCUGAGCAUGCCUCAGCUCUCACCAGAAGCUUCUUUGCUUCCUGUAGCGUUGACACGGCUCAAGGAAGAUGGUGACACUGGUCCCGAGUCGAACCACGACGACCAUGACCCGCUUCAAGCACUUUCGUUGCGGAUUCGAGAGGUAGCCGAAACAUAUCGUACGACGUUCUUGUCAGUCUCAGCUACCCUUCGCUUCCCAGCCCCUUACCCCGUACGACAUAUGCUGGAGCUCGAUGAGAAAUGGCAGCUUCUGAAAGGAGAUUGGGAAAGACACGAGGCCAAACAGAUACUUGUUGGAGAACGGAAGGACCUCAUUCAUCGGAUUGAAAGCGCCGCUGUCUCUCCGAAAAUCGGGGCCAUCGAUCUGCCCAAGACCCCUACUCCUGGAGAUGCGGCGGCACUGAAGAACCUCGAUGAACAACUUGGUUAUUUCGACCAGCUGCCUCCGCCUGUGUCCGCCUUGCCAUCCAGCUUCCUUUCGGAGAAAACGAUCUCCUCCUUUAUGAAAGCUGCCGCAGCCGACCAGCCAGUGAAUGUCAAACAGCCCUCCGAGAUUGCUCUACAGAGUGCCCUAGAAACCGCCCGAUUUGACAUCGAGGAAUAUCGAAAGAUGUGGUUCUGGUACAUCAACAGGAAUGCUGAUGACUUUCGCUUGGACCAGUACCAAAAGAUCACCAUGUUGAAGUCUAUCGUGCCUAUCACCUCAAUGGAUCUAUGCAAGUCUUGCGGACCUCCCAAACUGGAUACGUACCAUUUCUAUGGACAGGAUGACGUCACUCUCGGUCAGUAUAUCGAGAGAGCCGUUAACUCGAUAAACGAUCGCUGCACAGAAAAAACAUGCGAAAAGCCUAUGCUGGGCCAUGGCACCAUCUACGUGCAUAACGAAAGCCGCGUGGUGAUUACAAUCGAGCAAAUGAACGACCGUGACACAUGGAAAGGCCCCGCUGCGGCGAUAUUAGAGCAGCCCGACCGUAUGAUCACCUGGAGCUAUUGCCAAUCCUGCAAGUUAUCGACGCCAUUUAUUCCACUUACCGAAGAAUCUUGGAGAUACUCAUUUGCCAAGUACUUGGAGCUUUUCUUCUAUCCGGCGGAAGUCGUGCCGCUCUCGGGCAUUGCAUGUUUCCACAACGUUUAUCAACAUCAUGUCAGGUACUUCUGGUGGCGCCAUGUUGCCGUGCGCUUUCAGGCAACGCCAGUGACCCUUAGUGAGGCCGUGUUUCCUCCACUGAAUACACGCAUUCGACCCGAAACCUUGGUGGAACUAAAAAACGCGGAUUACGCGAGCAUUCUCGACAAGCAGUCAGCAUUUUGGGAUUCUGUUGUUCGGCGCAUCCACACUAUAAGUUUGACUGAAUUGCAAUGUCAGGGUCAAGAAAAGCUUGAAAAGAUGGCAAAGCUGCAGAGUCUUACACCUGAAUUGCUUGUGCAAGCCGAAGCUGAUCGUCACGAGGUAUUGGCCAUGACACGAAAGGUAUACGACAAGUCGGCUAUGACAGACACAAUGGCUUUCAGCGAGGUGAGGACUUGCUUGCAAGCUAAAGUUCUUCAAUGGGAUCAGAAGUUUGCCGAAUAUGAGCGCAAUUUUAUUGCAACAGAAAGAGACAUUAUUCGUCGGGCUACCGCUUCUCAGCUUCGCAGACUGUUCGCCAAUCAGGAUCUGGGUACAGAUCGUCUUCCUCAAGUGUCUGUUGUAGAAUUGGAUGAGAAAGGCUCUAUUGCGUCGUCUGGAUUGGUCUCUCCCAUGCCUUCCGAUAUUACCGAAACUAUGCCUUCCGAUGUUUCAGAGUCAGAUACAAACUCCGUCACAUCUGCAGAUCCAUUGCCCACGGCGUCCGAUGGUAGCAUGACGUCGUCAUCUCGUAACUCAGCCGAAACCCCUACACCAGCCUUGACAGCCUUCAGUCAAGCCUCUUUCGACGCCGCAGAAGCGACUCCUACGCCGCAGACUGUGGAGAUUGCCCCCGAAUCUCAGCGAGCGUCACCUUCAACCUCGGAGGAUCAGUCGGAUCAUGACAGCGACUCCACCAUUGAAGCACCGACAAAUACCCUUAGACCAAGCAAUAGCAUCAGUGUAGCACAUAUGGAGACGAAAACAGAGGAUUCUGUUGUUCAGAAAGAACAAUCGCAGUUUGUCUCCCGACUUCCCCGCCGAAUGAAGCUCAAUCCCAAAAUGGCUGAUCUGGUCAAACGAUUUCAGGAGGCAGAAGAGCCAGUGCCUGAUUCGGUUCCUCCAUCAGCUUACAUCAAACCAAACGAUGAAGGGGACACUUCGGAUGCUCCUAGAGGCAGAGGUGCGGAUCCGCGAGCGAAGUUGAGGCGAAAAAAUCGUGCAAAGGUUAACAAGCCAAAGAAGCGGGACAGCGGAUUGACAUCAGACUUUGAACGGAGUUAUGCUGCUAAUGUCGGCCCAAGAUAUCUGGAAUCCGGGACAGGAUCAAAGAUUCCAGGUCCAUCACGGCCAACCUUCCUGAGACAGGCGAGUGGUUCUUUCAGAGCAAAUCCACCCGCAGCACUAUCUCUAGGUGGCCGCCCUACUACGAGCAAAGGAAAAACACCUCUUCGAGCACAUGAACGAUCGUUGUCCAAUAAGCCAUCCAUGUCAUCUCUGAACGCAUUCCGGGCCGGAGCGCGGCGCGUCACAGGACCUCUCUCCAACAAAGUCUCGUCUCUGACCAAGCAGUAUGAGCGUCUCGCGAAAGAUGCUGACAGAGCUGCGAGACGAGUCAGCAAUCUUCGAUUUCGUCGCGCACGACCACUUGCAACUACCCAGGCCAAAAUUCAGGUCUUCGACAAUGUGAAAGACGCCAUUCGAGAUGAAUCUGACAGCGAAAGCUCAGAUUCCGAGGCUGAUGACGAAGAUGACGGCGAGGAGGACGCAACAGCAGCUCCGUCGGAAGUCGGUCCCAUGCCGGUACCCGUGAUACAAACGCAGGCGGCAUCACCAAAAAAAGUGGCGACGCCUUUCGCUUCAACUGUGCUCCCAGCUGAGAAUCCGAUUAUUUGUGCCAUGAAUGCUUCUGUACAAGACAUCCCUCCGUCGCCUGGACCCUCUCAGACAUCAUCUCCGACAUCCCCUGAACCUGCACCUUCUAUUACGCAGUCCGUGUCAACCCAGAUCUCCGAAGCCGAUCUCGUAUCGAGCGCGGAAAAGCAUCCGUCGCUGCUCAAGACUAUUAAUGCUGCUAUGGGACUAUGGCCUGGAUCAAGGCCAGGCGAUUGGCCACCCCUCGAUUAUCCCUCAUCAUCUCUGGAACACAUUUUUGCCGACUCCACCAUCAUUAUUCGGGAGGAUGAGCCCACAUCUAUCAUCUCGUUCGCUCUCAGCACCAAGGAUUACCAGGAGCAAAUCAAGCUAUCUCAGAAAGCCAAAUUGCCUGCUAAAUUCGAUGGCUAUGUCCCUGAAGAAGCUCAUCAUAUCCCCGAUCACGAUACUUCCUGGGGUAUGAUCAACCCUGAAGACCUAAUUCCGAAUGUGGAAGAUGUGCUAAAGCAACAGACAGCCAUUCACAGCAACCAAAUCUUCGAGAGCGGUGCAACAAGUAUCUUCUGUCGUGUUUUCUUUGCAGAACAGUUUGAUGCAUUGCGGCGGAGUUGUGGGUGUGAAACUAGCUUUGUGGAAUCUCUCGCCCGGUGUCUGAAGUGGGAUGCGACUGGUGGGAAGUCAGGCUCGGCAUUCUUGAAAACUCGCGAUGAUCGCUUUAUUGCAAAAGAGCUUUCUCGGCCCGAAUUAACAGCAAUGACGAAAUUUGCCCCGAAGUACUUCGAAUAUAUGUCUAAUGUUUUCUCUAUGAAGAAACCCUCCGUUCUUGCCAAAGUAUUUGGGUUUUACAAGGUCGGCUACAAGAAUCCCAACACAGGCAAAAUCAUGCGCCUCAACUUGCUUGUCAUGGAGAAUGUCUUCUAUGAGCGGCGGUUCUCCAAAAUAUACGAUUUGAAAGGGUCGAUGAGGAACCGUCUCAUUCAGUCUACUGGCAAGCUAAACGAGGUUCUGCUGGAUGAGAACCUCGUGCAAAGUGCUCAUCUAACGCCAUGGUAUAUCCGAGAACAUACUAAAUGCAUGUUACGGGCAGCGCUGUGGAAUGACACCACAUUCCUUUGCGAUCUGAACGUUAUGGAUUACUCUCUCCUGGUAGGCGUCGAUCGUGAUCGGAAUGAACUGGUUGUUGGCAUUGUCGAUUAUAUCCGGACGUACACGUGGGACAAGAAGUUGGAGAGCUGGGUCAAGGAAUCCACCUUCCUUGGCGGUGCAAAGGGCGAGCCAACUAUUGUGACGCCACGACAAUACAAGACACGAUUCCUGUCUGCCAUGGAACGUUAUCUUAUGAUGGUUCCUGAUCGAUGGAUGAAGAGGGAAGACCAGCCUGAUCCAAAUGGCAAUGAAGAUAUAGACGGCAAACAGGAUGCCUCCUAGUUUGUUUUCUUUCAAUCCCCCGGCGGGCAUUAGCGAACGGUCCUCUCUAUUUCUCCACAUUUUUCUCACUUCUUCACGAAUGACUUGCUGUAUGAACAACUCACGAGCACUUUUGUAGAACCAUCAUUUAUAUCCGUGCAUCAUAUGACCAUAUGUUAUCAUCCGUUCUGACGUAGAUU